CAUCUGUUGGUAGCAACCAGAAUAACCCUUGUGAAGUAAGUGGCCUCCUCCAUGAAAGUGUACCCGAUGUUUACAGAAGCUCUACCGUCCACGGUUUGCAAUUCGCUUGACAAAAUCAAUAGGCGCUUUAUGUGGGGAGAAGAGGAAGGGAAAGCGAAGUUCCAUCCGGUGGCGUGGGAGCAAAUGACUCUUUUGCCGAGUCAAGGGGGGGAUAUGUAUUAGACGGACGAAGCUUGCGAAUCAAGCCAUGCUUGCGAAAGAAGCCUGUAAAAUCAUCACCAAAGAAUCAAUCUCUCUGGGUGAAGGUCCUUAGUGUUAAUAAUAAUUAUAGGUACCAAGUUGUAAAUAGCCUUCGGAGAUUAGGGUUGUAUUAGCAACCUAUUUAUAUCGUUGUAAACUAUACUGGAUGAUUAACGAAAUAAGAAAACCUAAAAUCUGAGUGGGAGAUCCUCUCCGUGGACUAGUGUCAUAACGAUACCACAUUAUAAAAGUUCUUGUGUUCUUUACGAUUUAUGCUUGAUUAAUUGACAUGGAAUCAGAGCCUCACGAAGCUCGUUCUCCGGUCUUCCCAAUUCUUGGAGUCCUUUGGUUGCUUGUUCACGUCCAGAUUUUAGGGUUGUUGUCCGAAACCCUCUGGUGCUUUCUUCUUGUUCAGCGCCUCUUUGUUGUCCAAGGUUGCUGUCCAAAAUCCUUUGGUGAUCUUCUUGUUUGGCGCCUCUUUGCUGUUCGCGCUGCUGCUGUGGGUAUUGUAUCUAUUCAGCUUUGCUCCUCGCACUGCUGUGGUAUAUUUCUUCUCCGAUCGGCGCCGCUCCGGGUUUUCUUUUUGUGUGUUGCUGCUGUUCUUUCUUUCUUGUGGACUUCCUCGCCAACGCUAUGGAUUCUUCGAAGCUGGAUGCUGCAGCUAUUAAGUUCGACGGGACGAACUUCACUUUAUGGGAAUUUCAGUUCCGUACCAUGAUUGAAGGUAAACGUCUACUUCCCAUUCUGACCGGAAAAUGGGCUAAACCUUCUGCUGAUGCUCCAGACAAGGAUCGUGAUGAUUGGGCAGCGGCUAAUGCCCAAGUAACUCAUUGGCUCUUGGCUUUUGUUCACAUUCCUACCGCGUCGGGUCUUCGUCGGUUUGAGACUGCUCAUGACAUGUGGGUGCAUCUUUGCUCUGUGAAUUCUCAGUACGACGCUUCUCGUCAGUUUGAACUGGAAACUCAGCUUGCUUCUCUUGCUCAAGGUGAUCUAGAUGUCCGUGGUUAUUACAAGAAGGCUCUACAUGUCUGGACGGAAUAUGAUCUUCUCAUGGCCUCUCUUACUCCCAAUGCUAUUUCGACUGAUAUGGUUAAGGAGCGCAAUCGAUCUCGUCUUAUGCAUUUUCUCAUGCGUCUCCGCCCUGAAUUUGAGGAUGUCCGCGCCUCUCUUCUUCAUCGCAACGUCGCCACUCUUGAUGCUGUAUUCGGGGAGCUCGUUCGAGAAGAAACCCACCUAAAGAGCCAGGCUAGCCUCGAUCACUUAGGUCAUGGAUCCGAGUCCGUCUUUGCUGUGGGUAAGUAUGCAUCUUCCCGUCCUCAAUUUCACCAAGGCACUUCGGGGGAGGUUCGGUGCCAUUAUUGUCAAGAACCCGGCCAUAUCCAGCCUGUGUCCCAAACGAAAUUUUUGUAACUACUGCAAGACAAAGGGACACAUAAUCUCGGACUGCCCGGCGAAGAAGGGUCGCGGGAGGGGUGGUGAUCGCUCUGGCAGCGGAGCUGGUGAUCGAUCUAGGGGUGAUCGUCCGCGUCAUGGGGGUCCUGGAUAUGCUGUCCAUCUCUCUUCUCCAGGCUCCUCUUCUGCCUCGGCUGCUGCUACUAGUUCAAGCACUUCUUUGUCCUUCGAUAUGGUUCGGAAGUUGGUCCAAGAAGCACUUCAAGAAGUUCUUCCUGCCGCUUUGAGUUCUGUGUUUGCUACGGGUGCUGCGCUAGGUAAUUCUUCUCGUUGGCUUCUUGAUUCAGCUGCUUUUAAUCAUAUGACGAAUUCCCCGGCUAAUUUUUCUGUCAUCAAGCCUACGCACAGCUGAUGUUACAAGUAGCUAAUGGUGCUAAUAUUUCUGUAAAUGGUUCUGGUACUGCGGUUACUCCUGGUGUUACUCUUCCUAAUACUCUUUACGUGCCGAAGUUGGUUCCUAAUCUGGUUUCAGUUGGGCAGUUGGCGAAAGAAGGGUGUAAGGUUACUUUUAAUUCAGGUGGGUGUGUGUUGCAGGAUCAGAUGACAGGGAAGGUGAUAGGGACGAGAAGUAAACAAGGUCAAAUUUUCGUGUUGAAUCAAUAUCCGAAGUCAGCUGGGAGUUCUGAUGAUCGAGUGGCGCAUGAUUUGACACGAAGCAAAGGGACUGCAGGCAGGGUGUCGAGUAAUCUGGAUUGUAAUGGGUUUAUGGGAUGUUCUCUUAAACCAUUGGAUUUUUCGGUUAAGGCUACUAUUUGGGAUUUAUGGCAUUGUCGGUUAGGCCAUCCACAUACUGCUCGGUUAUACAGUAUGUUCCGGAAUAAUUUAUUACCAGAUCGUAUGGAUUCAUCCGUUUCUAUGCAUCCUUCUACAUGUAUUAGCUGCAUUGAAGCUAAGGCUUCUCAGUCUUCUUUCUCCUCGAGUUCUAUAGUCUAUGAGUCUCUAUUUGAUUUAGUUCAUACCGACCUAUGGGGUCCAUCUCUGGUUACUUCUCGUCUGGGAUAUCGCUAUUUUGCUCUAUUUAUUGAUCAUGCUAUGCGUUAUAUCUGGGUUUAUUUUCUGCGUCAAAAGUCCGAACUUAUCAACUUUGCUCAGGAAUUCAUUCGGAUGAUCCAAACACAGUUCAAGACCACGGUGAAGGUGAUUCGGUCCGACCCUGGUGGGGAAUUUAACACCAACAAACUGCUAGAUUUUUAUAAGUCACAAGGAAUUGCGUCUCAAUAGUCCUGCACGGGAGUCUCACAGCAGAAUGGGCUGGUAGAACGCAAGCAUAGACAUGUGCUCGAAUUGACUCGAGCAGUCGAGCUAUGUUGUUCCAUUCGCAUUUUCCUCGCAGUUUUUGGGUUGAGGCAGUAAGCACGGUCACUUACUUGAUCAAUCGGCAGCCCUCCUUGACAAUUGACAACCAUUGCCCGUGUAUCUCCUAUAUCACAAGCAGCCCGACUACUCAUUUCUCCGCGUCUUUGGUUGUGUUUGUUUCGUCUUGAUUCCCAAGAAAGAGAGAAACAAACUCGAUCCGAAGACAGCUAAGUGCGUUUUUGUGGGUUAUAGUGAAAAACAUAAGGGUUAUCUUUGCUAUGAUACUGCUGCGCGGCGUAUGCGAAUCUCAUGUCAUGUCGUGUUCUUGGAGCAAGUUAUGCACUAUCCGUUGGAGAAAUAAACAAGUGAUAAUUCU